AUGGAGUCGAAUUAUCUCAUAUCGGCCUCGGAGGGUCUGUUUCUGGAGCGCGGAGUUUCACUGAAUAACCGCCAAGCGGAGGAUCUCGAGGAUCUUCUUCUCUUACGUUUAAAUAAAUUACUCUUAAAAGACGUGAAUCUCAUCCAGUCCUGCGUUUCCCUGACAGUCUGCACUUUAUCCAACAAUUACCUGACGGAUAUCAGCGCUCUGCGGUCCUGCAGCCGCCUCGUGAAGCUGGAUCUCCACGGAAACCAGAUACAGACGCUGCCAGAUCAUCAAUUCUGGAGAGAAUUAAAGGAGCUGAAUCUGCUCUACCUGCACGACAAUCAAUUUCGCAGCGCGAAGGACGUCGAAUCGCUGUCGUUCUGCCCCAAACUCACCGGCCUGACCCUCUUCGAUACGCCGUUCAGCCUGCAGAAACGUUACAGGCACGUCGUGGUCAAUAGCAUAUGGUCGCUGAAAGCCCUGGAUGACCACGUGAUAUCCGACGAGGAAAUCAUCGAAGACUGGUCCGUCCCGGAAAGAUUCCAAGCGCUAAAUCCUAAUUUACGCGUAAAUAUGUCGCCAGCCUCCGGCGCGGAUAUCGGCUACCAGAACGAAAUGAAAUUAAUUACAAGCAUCAUCUCCAAUAUCAACCACGUCCAUUCCCAUUACUCGCCCGUCUUAAUCAUCCAGAGAUGGAUCCGGGGGUUUUUAGCGAGGAAGAGGCUGGGCCUUGUUUCGCCACUGAAAAUGCAGAAGGAAAAAAUCCACGUCGCGAAUGGCCCAGGAGAGGAUAUUAAUGGCCGUCACGUCGUGAGGAUAUCGAUACGCGAUCUUCCCGCAUUUCCAUAUAGCGCAGGCAGCAAAAAUCUCCCGGCUGUUAACCAGACCACGAAAUGCGCGAACAACUCGCCAGCGGACGCCGUGAAGCAUAUCACCGUAGAUCUAAGAAAAUUACAAAGGCACGUACUCCAGGUGUUACCAGACCCGGAGACGGAUUGUAAUCGGAAUCAGAAACAGUCACCGGUUCAGAGUACGGAAACACUAAAAAAAGAGAAAAAGACAAAAGAAGUCAAAUCAAAGCUUUUCCUGCAAAAAGAUCAAAUGGAGCCAAGCCCCGAAGAAAAAGACGAACCCGACAUUACGCUCUUGGGAUUAAGCGCCCGAGUCUACGAGUCCGACUCUAGAAAAGAUUUGGGGGCGUCCCACGAAGAGUCCGCAAGAGCGAUUCGACAAUCGAUCCAACAUUUCCACGCGAUUACGCAAACCAAAUCGCAAACAACGCACUCAAGGAACGGCGCUAAGAAAGAGGACACGGUUGGCCAAGUCAUGUCACUCAAGCACCUGUACGACGUUGACAAAGCUUAUGAGAUCCGCAAACAACGCGAUCUCCAGGAGAGGAAAAAGGACUCUGUCCUGCGGGUGCAAUCCCAGAAAACACAGGCCAAGUGCAACAUCCAAGGGUUUCUGGAGGAAAAGAAAAAGAAUGCCUUGGAAGAGAACGAGAAACAUUGUGUCAGCCUCCAGGAGAUCACUCGGCGCAAUCGGCUGGCGCAACAAAACUUUAUCGACAAAGUCAAACAGAGACAGGAACGGCUUUCCCAGGAGAAGCAGCGCCGAGCGUCUGAAUGUUCGUUUGUCAGGGAAUUUAACGCGCAGCACACGUCUGUGGCAAAAACCCUCUUGAAGCAUGAAAGAAUGACACGGAAAAGCGCGGAGACGCAAGAAAAGAUCAGAUGCCUGAGAAGUCUGAAGGAGAAUGAGGAGAAACAAAAGGAAUUCGCAAAAUGCCUCAAGGAACACAGGCAGCUGGUUCUGCAGAUUGAAAACGCUUCGGAAAAGGCGUCCCUGGCCUCGGACGCCCGCCGGAAAGCGCAGGACAGAUUGCGUGACGCCCGGACCCGGGUCACAGGCGCGAAGGGCCAGCGUGUCGCCGCGGAGCCGAUGUUUAAAGUACCCGUCAAUCAGCUGUUUCCACGGCAGCUCGUCUAGAGGAUGUAAACAUGUUGGUUAUUUUAUACAUUAACCUCUGGAUAGCAAUAAAAUAAUUUCUAAUAC